UGAUGGGAUCCCUCCAAAUAGACCCGCUCAACUCGAGAAUCCUGCAAGAUGGCCAAAAAGAAGUCGAAGAAGACUCAGUUCACCUUGAAGCCGUGGUGUUGGUAUUGCGAGAGAGAGUUUGAAGAUGAGAAAGUUCUCUUGCAACAUCAAAAGGCGAAACACUUCAAGUGUCGGCAUUGUCCAAGAAAGUUGAAUACGGCGGGAGGUCUGAUGGUGCAUUGUCAGCAGGUCCACAAGACGGAGCCCGACAAGUUGGAAAACACCCUGCCUGGACGGGAUGGGUACGACGUCGAGAUCUUCGGGAUGGAAGGUGUACCAGCCAAGGACAAGGACGAAUGGAAGGCCAAGAAGGAAGCCGAGUUUGGUGUCAACCUGAAUCAACAGCAGAACCCGAACAAGCGGCCCAAAAUCUACCACGGGGUCAUUAGCGAGAACGACUUGAAGUUGGCGCUCGAACAGCACAAGAUGUUGAUGAGCGGUGGAAAGUUGGGGUCGCUUCCGGGUAUGCCGAUGGGUGGUCUGCCAGGUAUGCCGCCGCCAAGCAUGAUUCCGGCAGGCCCGCCCAUGUUCAUGCCUCCUCCAGGAAUGGCACCUCCUUUCCCUCCCUUCCCCGGUGCACCGAUGCCUCCCUUCCCUGGAGCUGGAAUGCCCGGUAACCUACCCUUCCCUCCUCCUCCUGGAUUCCGACCGCCUUUCCCUCCAAUGGGCAUGCCUGGUAUGCCCAGCCCAAUAGGCGUACCUCCCUUCGGUCCUCCUGGCGGGAUGAUGGGAUCGCCAGCGAGCGCGAUAGCAGCUCCCUCUGCAUUGGGAUCCGUGGUGACCGUCAUGCCCGCUCAGAAUGGUGUCAUCUGGCCGGAUGCGGAUGCUUCUCCCGCCGAAAAACGUGCUCAACAACCUCAAUACCGACAUUCAUCUCCUGCUCUUUCCAGCGCACCCCUUCCAUUCCCUGACCAGGGUCACCAACCCCCUGCCUUUGCGCAGACGAGCGGAAUCCCCUCGGCAUCCGGUGCGGCUCCCUCGGCUUCCAACCUGCAAGACAAGUACGCGACGACGCCGAUUCCUGAAGCUCCUACCGGUGUACCCGGACCGCAUAGCACUCUGACCUCGUUGGAUGGGAGUGGCGUACAACCCGGAGAGACGGUCAAGGUGGAGAAUGAUGUCACUGCGAGUCUGAAGAGAAAGGCCGAGGAUGACGUUCCUGUGGCGUGAAGCAGCGGGAUGAGAACUCUGUAGCUUGUGCGAUACUUUGUCAAUUAUGGGAUAAGACAUGUACAUUGGCCUUGGCGG